UGUGACGCAGCGUGCAGCUGCCGGGAGAAGUUUGAAAAAUAAACGUGAAACUUUUUUCUUCUUCUUUUCUUUUUACCUCGCGCUCCUCUUUCGGGCGUUUAACGACGGGCGUCGUCCCGGAGUUUAGCAUUUGUUUCGCACGCGACGCGGAGGGAGUGUGUGCGCAGGGCAGCGAUGUCUUCACCGGGAGAAGAAGAAACAUCGGCCGCCACCGCGGUGUCGUCAGCUGCGGCAGUUGCUGUGGAUACCAAAGCCGGUCUGGCCAAGCUGUUGGACGAGUGGAAAGAGGCCCGGCGUGGCGGCACAGAGACGCUGGUGUCCGUCCUCACGAGAAUCUCUGAGCUGAUUGAAAAGGAAACGGCAGAAAGUCACAAAGCGGAUCCUGAUCCGUUUGACGACCGUCACCCAGGUCGGUCAGACCCAGAGGGCAUGCUGGGAAAACUCCUGAACACGAUCUUCAUGAAUAACGACUUCACCGAUGCUCUUUUGGACAUGUACAUCAUGACCAGCAGAGAGCUGAGCGUCAAAAUGGCCGCCUGUCGUCUUCUUCUGGACAUCAUGCCGGGCCUGGAGACGAUAGUCGUCUUCAAAGAGAAGGAGGGCGUGGUGGAGAAACUGUACAGCUUCGCCCGUGAAGCCGGACCACCGCUGUGCGUCUACGCUACGGGACUUCUGGCCAGAGCCAUGAGCAACCAGGAGGUGGCAGCAAGCUACAAACAGGAGAACGCCCAGCUGGUUCCGAUCAUGAUCCGGCGCCUGCACGAGCUGCAGUUAGAAGACGCGAAGAAUCGCCUUCUCUCUGAGACGCCCCGGAAUCUACCUCAGGACUCUCAGGUGGAAAACACACAGACCUCAAGUAUCUCAACGGACCUGCAAGACCAGACCGAGGAGGAGGACGUGAUCCAGGACAGAGAGAGAAACGGAGCCAAACCUUUGCCUGACUCUGUGCACCAAGCAAACCAGGACCUGGACUUUAAAAAUACAGAGGAGAAGCAAGGAGGAGGAGGAGGGAGUAGACGGACUGUGAAGGAGAACGGUAGGAAGGCCAAGCAGAAGCUCAACUUCACCUCCUCCUCUCACGGGGCAGAGGAGGAGACGGAAAACAGCAACGGCACUGAACAGCCAAUCAGCAGCACGUCCUGGUCAGAGAUGAGCUCGAUGGUGAUUGGCUCUGAUUACUGCCUGUCACCACUCAGCCCGGCCAUGGAGCAGAGGCUCAUCCUGCAGUAUCUGACGCCGCUGGGAGAAUACCAAGAGUUGCUGGCCAUCUUCAUGCAGCUGGACACGCGGUCGCUGCUGAUGAACUACAUCGACCUCACGCAGACCAAGAACGUGCAGCUGAUCUUCGAUGCUCUUCAGUAUCUCGCCUCGCUGAUCCUCCACAAAAAGUUUGCGGCUGAGUUCAUCGCUCAUGGUGGCGUGCAGAAACUUCUGGAGAUCCCGAGGCCUUCGAUGGCGUCGACCGGAGUCUCCCUCUGUCUGUACUAUCUCGCCUACAACCAAGACGCCAUGGAGAGAGUGUGUAUGCUCCCUGACGACGUGCUGUCACAGAUGGUGUCCUACGCUCUGUGGCUGCUGGAGUCGUCGCACACCUCCGGUGUGUGCCACGCCACCAUGUUCUUCUCCAUCUCCUUCUCCUUCAGAGCCGUGCUGCAGCUCUUCGACAAACAGGACGGCCUGCGCAAACUCGUCAACCUGAUCAGCACGCUGGAGAUCCUGAACAUGGAGGAAGAGGCCAUCAUGAGCGAUGACCAGGUGUUUUCUGACCGACAGACGGCCAAACACACCUGCAUGGCCCUGCGCAGGUAUUUCGAGGCUCACCUGGGAUUGAAGGUUGAGCAGGUGAAGCAGUCUCUGCACACGGCGACAGACAAAGGCUCUGCACUUCCUCAGCAGCCAUUUUAUAAGGCUUACUCGUACACCAGGGAGCAGGCGAUCGAGAUGAUGGAGUUCCUCAUCGAGUGUGGACCUCCGCAUCUUCAGUGGGAACCUGUGGAGGUUUUCUUCAAGAUGUCCUGUGUCCCUUUAAUGCUGCAGCUCAUUUCUUCAGCCUGUGACUGGAGGAAUUACUACGGCAGGAGCGACACUGUGCGUUACGCCUUGGAUGUCCUGGCGAUCCUGACGGUGGUUCCUAAAAUCCAGAUGGUGCUGGCAGACACUGUGGACGUUGCGGACGAAGCGGGGUCGCCCGUUUCCACCGUGGGUAUGAGCAUCGUCCUGGGCGUUGCAGAGGGGGAGGUGUUCGUCAACGACGCCGAGAUCCAAAAGUCUGCACUUCAAGUUAUCACAAACUGCGUGUGUGCUCCAGACCAGAGCCUGACCACUGCGGGUGCGUUUGCUGACACGCCCCUCAGGCCGUCCGUGCACCUGCAGCAGCCUCACAACCGGGUGCUGGCCAGCAUGUGGCAGCUGGUGCAGAACAACAACGGCAUCAAGGUGCUUCUGUCUCUGCUGUCGGUGAAGGCGCCCAUCACAGACGCAGACCUGAUCCGUGCUCUGGCCUGCAAGGCCCUGGUCGGACUCUCCCGCUGCUCGGCAAUCCGACAGAUCAUCAGCAAACUGCCGCUUUUCACCAGUGGCCAAAUCCAACAGCUGAUGAAGGAGCCGGUGCUGCAGGACAAGCGCAGCGAGCACGUCCGCUUCUGCCGCUACGCCGUGGAGAUGACGGAGCGCGUGUCCGGGAAGCCGCUGCUCAUGGGCACCGAUGUGUCGCUGGCUCGUCUGCAGAGGGCCAACGUGGUCGCCCAGUCCCGCAUCAGCUUCUCUGAGCGGGAGCUCUUGGUGCUCAUCAGGAACCACCUCGUGGCCAAAGGUCUCACUGAAACGGCGAGCACACUCGUCAAGGAGGCACAUUUAUCCGCCGGCCCCCUCUGUCCUAACCCCUCCUGCAUCACCCCUCCCCCCUCCUCCUCCUCCUCGGUGAUUCACAGGACUUGUCGGCUCGCCGGCGGGAUCGCAGCCCGUGCUGCCAGCCAUGUCGGAUCCUCUCCUGUGUCCACCACAUCGCCGCCUCCUCUUCCCCCCUCUCGUGGCCUUGUCACCCCUCACCCCUCAUGCUCCGCCUCAUCUACCUCUGCCCUCCCGACUCCUCCUCAUCCUCACGGGCAGGGCUCACAUCCCGCCGGACGGAUUUUAUUCUCGCGGGAACGUCCAGCGUCCAAUUGGAACUCAGGGAAGAAACUUCGUGCGCUGAGGCAGAAGUCUGACCACGGUGCUUUCAUACAGACUCCAGCCAUGAAGAAGCAGCUGGAGCGCCACCUGCCGUCUCCGCCGACCCUUGACAGCAUCAUCACCGAGUAUCUGAGGGAGCAGCAUGCACGCUGCCCCAACCCCGUCACCACCUGCCCGCCCUUCUCGCUCUUCACGCCACACAGAUGCCCCGAGCCCAAACAGAGGCGGCAGGCGGCGCCCAACUUCACUGCACGCCUGGGCAGCAGAGUCCUGUACCCCAAAUACGGAGGAGUGGACCGAGGAUGUUUGGACCGCCGCCUGAUAUUUAGCAGGUUUCGGCCUAUGUCGGUGUUCCAUGAGGGCAGUGGGGACGAGAGCGGCUUCACUUGCUGUGCCUUCUCGGCCCACGAGCGUUUCCUGAUGCUGGGAACCUGUACCGGUCGCCUCAAAUUCUACAACAUCUGCUCUGGAGAGGAGGAGGCGAGCUACACCUGCCACACAUCACCGAUCACUCACCUGGAACCCUCGAGGGAUGGAAAACUACUGCUCACCUCUGGUUCUUGGAGCGUCCCUUUGUCCACCCUGUGGAGUUUCGACGGUGUCUUUGGCAUGAAAAACUCGUUCGUUGACGAUCACUAUGUCGAGUUCAGUAAACUCUCUCAGGACCGAGUCAUCGGCACCAAGGACCAAGUCGCACACAUCUACGACAUCCACACGGGCCAGAAGACGCUGACCCUGAACGACCCCGCCCUGGCCAACAACUACAAGAGGAACUGCGCCACCUUCAGCCCCACCGACGACCUGGUACUAAAUGACGGGGUGCUGUGGGACGUGCGGGCGUCGCGGGCUGUUCACAAGUUCGAUAAGUUCAACAUGAACAUCAGCGGGGUUUUCCACCCCAACGGCCUGGAGGUCAUCAUCAACACAGAGAUCUGGGACCUGAAAACCUUCCAUCUCCUGCACACUGUCCCCGCCCUUGACCAGUGCAGGGUGGUCUUCAACAGUAACGCCACCAUCAUGUACGGAGCUAUGCUACAAGCUGAUGAUGAGGACGAUGCGAUGGACCAGCAGAUGAAGAGCCCCUUCGGCUCAUCCUUCAGAACCUUUGAUGCUACAGACUACAAGCCCAUUGCCACCGUGGACGUAAAGAGAAACAUCUUUGACCUGUGCACCGAUAACAAAGACCGUUAUCUGGCUGUCAUUGAGAACCAGGACACAGUGAGUUUUGACAUGGUGUGUCGUCUGUAUGAGGUGGGACGACAGAAACUGGUCGAAGAGGGAGGCGACGACGAUGACGACGAGGACGACGACCAGGACGACGAUUCCUCGGACUCGGAUGACGACGACGACGACGACGACGACAUGGACACAGAUCCGCUCAUGGAGGAGUUGACCAAUGACAACAGAGAGAACCGGAGGAGGACGGACUCUCCCACAGAUGAAGACAUUGCUGAACUUCUUCUUCAGGGCAACAGCGAUGAUGAUGAUGAUGAUGAUAACGAUGACGUCAGCGCCUCAGACGAUGAUUCGGCGGAUUCUUUCAGAGAUGAAGGAGAGCGAUCGGAUGACGACUUGUGGUUCUGACGCGGACACCGACUGAGACUAUUUUGUUCCUUUUCACACUUGUGUUCUGUUGAACGCAGUCUGUCGCAGGAAAAUCCGGUAAUUUCCUCCUGUGUUUUAAAAGAAGAGACGACGACCAAUAAAUGUUUUCCAGAUGAGCGAGCGACAAACUUUGCUUGUUGUUUCUGUGGUGGAGAGAAGGAAACAGUAUUUAUCAGCUUUUUACUGUUUGUGGCAGAAAUUAAAUUAAUAAUGAUGGAAAUGA